GGCAGGCAUCAUCGACGACGUUGCUCCUAGGAACGCGGUGCACAGGCGGGGGGUACGGCCCAGAGCGCCCCGAUGGCUGCUCAGCAAGGGGUGCCCACCUCGUCCCUGCGGGCUCUGGAAGAAGCUUUGGGCAUGGGCUCGGCGGCUGGCGGGGACGCCUCGGACAUGGCAGAGGGGACCUACUACCUGGAGCAGGUCACCAUAACUGAACCGUCUGAAGAUGAUUACGAAUAUGAAGAGAUACCAGAUGACAAUUUUAGCAUUCCAGAGGGUGAAGAGGAUCUGGCAAAAGCAAUUCAGAUGGUUCAAGAACAGGAUACAGAUACUCAAAUUUUGGAGCAGAAAACAGUUCUUCCUUCAAAGCACGUAGUACCUGAAGUAAUAGAAGACUUUCUCUGCAAUUUCCUGAUCAAAAUGGGAAUGACCAGAACUCUUGAUUGUUUUCAAUCUGAAUGGUAUGAAUUGAUACAGAAGGGAGUAACCAAACUGAAAGAAGUUGGGGAUGUUCCAGAUGUCUAUACCCAGAAUAUGGUUUUAGAAAAUGAAAACAAAAAUUUGAAGAAAGACUUGAAGCAAUGGAAACAGGCAGCUGAGUAUGUUAAUUUUUAA